UCUGAUCAAAAGACAGAGAAAAGGAAGCGUAUAUUCGGGUCAACUCUCUCCACUUCUUCACAACCUUUUGCGCCAACACACACAUCUCUUCCCUCCAUUUCUGUCUCAUUCUUACCCAGAUCUAUUUCUCUCUUAUUCUUACCCAGAUCUAUUUCUCUCUCAUUCUUCUCCCUCCACCCAAAUUGUUCUUCUUAACCAAUAAUCAAUGUUUUACUCAUCGCAACUACCACCAUGUGUCCUUGUUUCUAGUAUUCUAUCAAGUUCCCAGGUUAUCUGAGUCUCCGGAAUCGAUCCCGUUCCAAACUGCCAUCUCACCAAUUUGUUCGUGGGUAUGCAAAGAGCACCAAGCCUCACUUCCCUGGCCUCUUCUUGUAUGCCUUCAAAGGUUGUAGAUUUGUGGGUUCAUUGGCAACUUUGUCUCUAUAUAAUUCAAGGUCUCAGGCUUCUCAAGAGUGGAUGUCCCUUACACUACAAAUUAGAGCUAUGACAGCGAGGGUGUUGCACAAUCAUUCUUACUGAAAACCAUUGCAGCUGAAAGGUGCCCCUAUUCUUCAGCUGCCUCAUUUUCAGUAUUAUGGAUAAAGAAUGGGUAUUUUUGCACCGGCGUAGUGAUGAAUAUUUGCUUGGCCUUCGAGCUUUCAUCUCCCAUGCAGUGGCUGUUGCUGGGAUUGAUGGAAACAUCAAGUGUCCAUGUAAAGUUUGUGGUAAUAGACAUCAGAGAUCAGUUACAGAUGUUGAAGAUCAUCUACAUAUAAGUGGAAUGGAUGAUAUUUAUGCUAAUGGUAUCUGGGACAAGCAUGGCGAGACAAUCCCUAAUGUAACUGAUGAAAUUCACCAUAUGUUUCAGAAUGAGGAUAUGUCCAGCUUGUUGGCUGAUGCCUUUGGGAUGCAUGAUUAUAUGGCUGAACUAGAUGUUGUUGAUGAACAAUCCUCUCCUCCAUAUGGGCCAACUCCCUAUGCUGCCAAGUUCUUCAAAAUGGUCGAGGAGGCCCAAACAGAAUUGUAUCCAGGUUGUGGGAAAUCAAAACUAUUAUUUUUGGUGCGUUUGUACCAGGUCAAAACUAUGUUUGGUAUGAGUGAUUCAUGCUUGAAUGCAAUGUUGACCCUCAUAAAACAGUGGUUCCCAAAUGUGGAUUUGCCUGAAUCCUUUUACAAGGUGAAGAAGUUCAUUACUGACUUGGGUUUGACAUAUGAAAAAAUUGAUGCUUGCCCGAACGAUUGUAUGUUGUACUACAAAGAACAUGCCAAUGAUACAUCCUGCCAUGUCUGUGGAUCUUCUCGUUACAAGAGAGUUGCAGAUUCUGAGAAUCCAAGUCGUUCUCGAGUUCCUCAAAAGGUAUUACGGUACUUCCCAUUGGGCCCAAGACUUCAACGGCUUUACCUGUCACGAUAUACAGCUGAGUCCAUGAUUUGGCAUGCUGAACAUAGACCGAAAGAUGAUGUUUUGAGACACCCGGCAGAUUCCAAGGCAUGGGAGCAGCUUGAUAGUAUUGACCCAACAUUUGGAAGUGAAGCACGCAAUGUUCGUCUUGGUUUGGCUAGUGAUGGUUUUAAUCCAUUUGGCACAAUGAGUCAAUCUCAUAGUACUUGGCCGGUUGUAAUGUCAGUGUACAACCUUCCACCUUGGCUCUGCAUGAAGAAACCAUACCUUAUGUUGUCUUUGCUUAUUCCUGGCCCUACAAGCCCCGGUAAUAAUAUAGAUGUCUACCUUCGGCCUUUGGUGGAUGAGUUGAAAAUUCUAUGGGAAGAAGGGAUACCAACCUAUGACGCAUUUAAGAAGGAAGAAUUCAACAUGCGGGCUGCCGUUAUGUGGACCAUUAAUGACUUCCCAGCAUAUGCUAUGCUUUCCGGUUGGAGUACGAAGGGAUAUAAAGCAUGCCCUCAUUGUGGCCAUAGUACCAAGUCUUAUUGGUUACCUAAUAGUCAAAAAUGUUGCUACCUAGGACAUCGAAGAUGGAUUCCAAUUCUGCAUAGGUUUCAGAGAUGGACAGUAGCAUUCGACGGCCACCAAGAACAUCAGUUACCCCUCAUUACCAUGACAGGUGCACAAUGUUUGCAAGAAUUAAGCAGUUUGAGAUUUAAGUUUGGCAAAAACAUAAAACAAUCAGAGAAAAACCCAAAGCGCAAGUGAUCAGCUGUGGAAAAGCCCUAUGAUGGACCCUGGAAAAAGCAAAGUAUAUUUUAUGAGCUGCCAUACUGGAAAGAUCUGCUAUUGAGACACAAUCUUGAUGUGAUGCACAUCGAGAAAAAUGUCACGGACAGUGUGUUGGGGACCUUGUUGUCUAUUGAUGGAAAAAGCAAGGAUACCUAUAAUGCUCGUAUGGAUUGUGUGAAUCUUGGGAUUAAAAAAAAAUUGCAUCUAGAGAGUGAAGGGGCUAGACCUCCGAAGGCAGCCUUCAACAUGAAGACUGAGAACAUGACCAUGAUUUGUGAAGUAUUGGCUUCAAGUAAGCUUCCUGAUGGAAUAGCCUCUAAUAUUGCUAAAUGUG